GGCCGUGCAAGCAUUUCUUCUGCAGCAUGCCGGCACUGUCUGUUCGCUAUCACAGCAAAGCAGCUGCAGGAAAGACAGAGAGCAGAGCUUUGUUUUAGAGAGAGUCUGGGCUUAAUGUCUGUUGUGACAAAGGCGGGUUAAUUUACUUCUAGAGAAUGUGUGUGGCAGCAGUGGGAGUCCUGAGGAGGGGCUCUGAAGGCAUUCCGUCUCCCUCUGGCUUCUAGGUGGAUGGGUAGGCUUCCUUGGUAUCACUUGUAAGUUUUCUUUUCCUGUUACAACUCCUCCUUAGAGGGCAUAUUGGAGCUCAGAGACGACAACCUAACUGUGUGAACGUCAUUUGGCUUGGCUAUAAAUUCCACACCUGCUCCGUAACAGUAAAGAAAAAAUGCUGCUAUCAGUGACUUCCAGGCCUGGGAUUUCGACUUUUGGCUAUAACAAGAACAACAAGAAGCUAUAUGUGGCUCAGCAAAUGGCACCCCCGAGUCCAAGGGACAGCACCCCCAACAGCAGCAGCGGUGGGAGUGGCGGGAGCGACCAGCUGAGCAAAACGAACUUGUAUAUCCGAGGCCUGCAGCCUGGUACCACUGACCAGGACCUUGUCAAGCUCUGUCAGCCGUAUGGCAAGAUUGUCUCCACUAAGGCCAUACUGGACAAGACCACAAACAAGUGCAAAGGCUAUGGCUUUGUGGACUUCGACAGUCCGUCGUCAGCACAGAGAGCUGUAUCUGCACUGAAAGCCAGUGGUGUGCAGGCACAAAUGGCAAAGCAACAGGAGCAAGACCCUACAAAUUUAUACAUCUCAAACCUCCCUCUGUCAAUGGAUGAGCAGGAAUUGGAGGGCAUGCUGAAGCCCUUUGGCCAGGUCAUCUCCACUCGGAUCCUUCGAGACACUAGUGGAGCCAGCAGAGGGGUCGGCUUUGCAAGGAUGGAGUCCACAGAGAAAUGUGAAGCCAUCAUCACCCACUUUAAUGGAAAGUAUAUAAAGACGCCCCCUGGAGUAGCAGCACCUUCUGACCCCUUGCUUUGCAAAUUUGCUGAUGGUGGGCCAAAGAAACGACAGAACCAAGGAAGAUUUGUACAAAAUGGACGGGCCUGGCCAAGGAACGGAGACAUGGGUGGUAUGGCCUUGACCUAUGACCCCACCACAGCUCUUCAGAACGGGUUCUAUGCCGCUCCUUACAGCAUCGCGCACAGCAGGAUGCUGGCUCAGUCUGGGCUAGCCCCGUAUCUUCCAUCUCCUGUGUCUUCCUAUCAGAGAGUGACUCAGACAUCUCCUCUACAAGUACCUAGCCCAUCUUGGAUGCAACACCAGUCGUACCUCAUGCAGCCUUCAGGCUCAGUUCUGACGCCAGGGAUGGACCACCCCCUUUCUCUCCAGCCUGCCUCCAUGAUGGGACCUCUUACUCAGCAACUGGGUCACCUGUCACUCAACAGCCUGGGCACGUUCAUGCCAACAGCUGCUGCUAUGCAAGGAGCUUACAUCUCCCAGUAUCCAGCUGUGCCUUCUUCCAGUGUGUCUGUUGAGGAGAGCAGUGGUCAGCAGAAUCAACUGGCAGUGGAGCCCCCCUCAGACCAUGGGGUCUAUCCUUUCCAGUUCAGCAAGUAAAGAGGUUCAGACCUGGGAAAGAAGCCUAUGCACUCCUCCUUGGCAGUCUUCCCAUUGCUGAUGGAACCUGAGGAACCACACUGUUUUUUGAAUGUGCUACAUUCAAGAUCAAAAAGACUUUUUUCUUUUGCAAAAGAAGUUUCUUGCUUUGUAUUUAAUUGCAGCAAAUCUUUCUCCUACCCCAAAGACACCAGCUGAGCUGCUUCUCAUCCUCAAGAGGUUUGGGUAUGCUGGAUUGCUUAGGAAGGCUUCUUAAAAUGAUUUAAGUAAGAACAGUAGCAGUGCUGUAAAAUCAAUGAAGGAACCCUGCUUGCCAGGUUCAGUUAUGGACUAUUUUUAUAUGUAUUUUAAAUAUGCAGGCUUAAAAUUUUUGUUUUGCAAAGCUCUCAGCACACUUUACUAUCCCCCCCACCCCCAGGGUCUCACAGUGCAGUCCUGGCUGGCUGACAAUGUAGACCAGGCUGGCUUUGAACUCACAGAGACCCUUCCCACUCUGAGUGUACCACCAUGCCUAGCUAAUUGUUUGUUUGUUUUAAACAUCUUUUCCACAUUGUUUUCUCCUUCCCAUUUAGCUGAGCCCGCCUACUUUGCCUUUUUACAACUUUUAAUUUUAUGAAUUUGAUUUAAGUUUCAUGUGGAAUUGGGGGAAGGGAGAGCAACCCACAGGGAGAUUAGUGUGGUCAGUGGAGGUGGCUUUCCCUCUGCCCUCCUGUCCUAGGAGAGAUUAGACUUUGACUUCAGGAAACAGACACGUGACAACCAUGCAGCCUUGGAAGCCACCUUCAACCAAAUCGGGUGGCAAGUGCGACCGUGAAGUGUCAUCCAGCUUGAGCUUUCUGGGACACCUGUUCUGCCUCCUGGAGGGUCUUGGUCUUCACCCUGCCCCAAGUUUCACAGCCCCCUCCGGAAGUUCCACCCUCCACUUUACCUGGAGGUUUGUUUUGUCCUCGAGAGAGGCUGCUGUCCUAUCCAUCAUCCUUGAUUGUCAACUUGAGGAAUAUCAUUGAGUGCUUGGCAACUAGUUGUUGCAGACUAAUGAUGGUCCUGAACUCCCGACAAUACAGAACCUGAUCCCACUUCUCCAUCCCUUACUCCCUGGCAGUUAUUUGGUGUAGACUAAACCCCAGUCCAGCCCCAGCACGGAGCCAGUGAUGUUCAUGUAAUUGGCCAGCAGUGCCGUCUGUGACUUUGCCUCUUGGAGGAUCUCUUCUGCUCGGGUCCUCACAGCCUCUCAUCCCAGCUGCUGUACUCAAGUGCUACUUUGCUGAAUCAUGUAAUUCAGCAGGAACCAUCUUAGCAGGGCUCACCCUUGGUUGUUUGUGCAUGCCAAGUGCACACUGUUUGAAGGGAUGGAAGCAAGAAAACUGCUGUGUGUACUGUGCAUGCUUGAGAAUGGACUGUGCUCUCUAUGCAGAGUGCUCGGCCUAGCCCUGGUGUGUUUGGACCCCUUUCCCAGGGAACCAGAACACCGGAAAUCAUUUUCCUUCUUGUGGAAGGACAAAGGGGUGCUAGGAUAGAAAAAGGCAAAACUCACAGCCCCCUGGCCACUCAAAGCUCAGGAGGGACUUUUAAACAUGUCUGUCAUUAACUUUUCCCUUCUGCACGACCUUCCCCACACAAUGUGACUUGUUACAUCACAUCCCUUCAUGUCACAGGUACACCUCCAGUAGACAAAGUAAUGGAGAUGGGGAAGUGUGUCCAGGGGCCAGUGUGAAAGAGGAAGGGCAGAGCGUGGUGAUGGUGAAAAACUGGCAGGCAGCUGUGCGCACUACAGAAUUGAGAAUCCUGGCCUGAAUGUGCUGCUAUGCAUUCUAGAGGAAGGGGUUGAGGACAGUGGAAAGCAUAAAGUACAAAAUGACCAGUUUUCUUAUUGGUGCUUCCAACCUCAGGAAGGUCAGACCCAGUUAGUGAUCUCUAGCCCUCAGCGACAAGAGACCAGCAAACCCAGGGCUCUGUCCUGUGGACUGGGGAAGCCCUGCCAACAGUCUUGCUGUCACUGCUGCUCCUUCACUGCCUAUUAAAACUUGUUUCUUUUUCUGUAGUUCUAAGGCAAUUUGAAUGGCUGACAGUUUUGAGUAUACUGGUUAGAUUCUAGUGUUUCUGGUUGAACAGGUGUGAGCAUGGGAAAAGAGGGCAACCUGUAAUUUUGUUUUUAUAGUGGUUAAUGGCACUGUGUAAUUUCUGCUUGGUGAUUUCCAUCUACUCCAUUUUCCUCAUUAGCUCAUUACUCAGGAAGGUAGUGUUGGAGACAGGAAGUAGGAUGCCGGCCAUGAGGGAUGAGUUGUAAGCCACCUCCCCAUCAUCCUGCCCAAGGCUCACAAUACUGUCUCCUGAAUCCUGUUUGCAUUGAGGCCAGAUCGCUCUGCGCUCUACAUCUCACCUGUACUCAUUUUAGUACGUUGUGGUUUUGCUUCCAAUCAGAGAGUGUACUAGAGCUCACACCUGACAUGUGACUCUUCACUAGGAUCCAGGCCUAUCCCAUCUCGCUGCCAUUCCUUUUCAGGCUUGUUGGUUCAGACUGUAGAUGGACUAGACUUUUGGAGACAGGUCCUGAUAUUAAUUAGGAGUAUGUGGGAACAAUGAUGGGGACCAAGCUUGUGAAGCUAGGUGGCUUUGAAAAGGGAAAGUGCUCAAUAAUAAAAAUGGGGUGGUAGUGAAGCAUUAUUUGCUAUGAGGGUUUCAGAAGGACUAGUUUGUUUUCAUUCCUGUCCCUCCAGAUCAAGUGGGCACUUCCCAUUGCCAAGAGCAGUACAGUUGAGUAGGUGGUAGGCCAAACUCACCCAGCCCUUUCUAGACCCAGAGGAUAAGGUGAGUCUAGAGGUACAUACAAUCUGUGCUUGUUAGACUGAUUCUUCCCAAUUCCAAGCAAGCUGACCAUUCUACUUCUUGGUAGCCCCUUAAAAGUGCCUUUCAUUCCAAUAGUAGAUUCAGGGUCUACAGGGGCCUUCCUUGAGUAGUUGUAACCAAUUUGUCUCCUCUGCUCUUUGCUGAAGCUCCCUGAAGGCAGUCUCCAUGUGGCAGUGAUGUGAAAGCUCGAUGCCCUCAUCACCUUGCGACCACUGCUCUGAUUGUUCAAAAUAACCAUUUCCUGUCCAAGCAGAUCCUUGUCCUCAUUACUCAACUACCUCAGUCUCACAACUCAAGGCACACAAGCACCUACUUGCCUCACAUCAUCCUUUACUGCCCUAGUCUUUGUGGGGUUGGAACAAAUGCAAAUUCUUCAGUUCCAAAACUCAAACUGCUCUUUCUGGAUUGUCUUCUCUAGUGAUGUUGGCUCCCCAAUCACCUACAACAGCGAACUCUCCAGAUUGGUCAGGCUAUGUAUGCUGUGCAGUCAAAUGCCAUAGCUUAAGACCCCAAAGAGUAAGAACUGAUGGUGAUCUGCAGUUUGAGAGGGCUGGAAUUGACAUCUCUGCUCCUACCCCUCUGGGCCAGUCGGGUGAUAACUUCUAGAUGCACUCAUUACCUUGGAGAGAAGUUAAUUUAUACCUAAGAUGCAUUUUGUAUAUUUCUCCUUUACCCAGAACCCUGUAGUAGUUUUAUACUCUCCCACGUCUACGCCAACACUACCUCUCGCUCGCUCUCUGUGGCUGACUUUUGGUUCCAUUUCCUUCCUGUUACUUUUGCUAACGUGAACCUCUUUUUUAAAUAAAACACAAAACCUCC